CGUUCUGAAAAGGCUUUUAUUUUGAAGUCCGUUCUGGCUCUUUUCCCGGAUGUUUUCUCCACCGUUUUAUUACGUCGGAUGCGGACUUCGAUUCAUUAGUUUACGUAAAGUUUCACAGCCUCUCGUAUAAAUAUCGGAAAUCUGAGCUCAAACAUGCAGAUUCUGACUCCUCAUGUCUACUGGGCUCAGCGGCACGGAGAGAUUUAUCUCCGGGUGGAACUGAGCGAUGCUAAGAAUGUAAAUAUCAGCCUGCAGGAAAGCCAAACGCUCCAGUUCAGAGCUCAGGGUCACGGAGCUAAAGGAGAGAACCCGUACACAUUCAGCCUGGAGUUCCUGGAGCCAGUCAGACCAGAGAUCAGCCAUAAGUCCACUCAGCGUCAGGUGGACAUCAAAAUCAAGAAGCAAGAGGAGCGCUGGUGGGACCGUCUGACGCUGCAGGAGAAGAAACCUCUGUUUCUGGCUCCAGACUUUGAUCGUUGGCUGGAAGAGUCGGACGCUGAGAUGGAGAUACAGACCAAGGAGGAGGAGAAGCUGAACAAAAUCAGCAUAGAGUCAAGAGUUCGUAAAGACCCCUACCUCGGGCUGAAGAAGGGCUACUUGUUUAUGUACAACCUUGUUCAGUUCCUGGGAUUUUCCUGGAUCUUUGUCAACAUGACUGUCCGACUCUUUAUCCUUGGUCAAGACUCGUUCUACGACACCUUCCACACCACAGCGGACAUGAUGUAUUUCUGUCAGAUGAUGGCUGUGCUGGAGGUCAUUAAUCCCUUACUGGGUCUGGUCAGGACUGGGGUUUUCCCUGCUUUAAUACAGGUAGCAGGGAGGAAUGUCAUUUUGUUCGUCAUCUUCGGCAGCCUGGACGAUAUGCAGAACAAACCUGUCGUGUUCUUUGUCUUUUACCUGUGGAGCACCAUCGAGAUCUUCAGAUACCCCUUCUACAUGCUGGCCUGCAUCGGGACGGACUGGCCGAUGCUGACCUGGUUCAGGUAUAACCUGUGGAUCCCUCUGUACCCGCUGGGGGUUGUAGCAGAAGCCGUGGCUGUGAUCCAGUCCCUCCCCAUCUUUGAUGAGACGCGUUUGUUCAGCAUCCCACUCCCCGCUGGACUGGGACACUCUCUGAGCUUCUCCUACACACUGCAGCUCUACCUGGUCCUCAUGUUUCUGGGACUCUUCAUUAAUUUCCGACACCUCUACAAGCUGAGACAGAGACGAUACCGGCUGAGGAAACGAAAAGCCCACUAAGUGAUUGUUCCCUUGGUGCUGAAGCAGAUGUGCUCUUUCACUCUUAUUCCCACUUUUUCCUUUACUUUUUACCCCUAAACACCGAGCUGAUGAUGGAGUCACUUUACUUUUCCACCGAGCUGCGGUUUCUGGAACAGGUUCAACGUUCCUGCUCUGAGUUUCACUUGUUUGUUUAAUCAGUUUUCUGCAUGAGUCCAUCCAGGAUGUGAACACACACACACACACACACACACACACACACACACACACACACACACACACACACACACAUGCAUAUAAUGUGCUCUGGUAAUGACAAAAAGGUGCUGAAAAGGAACAUCUGGGCUAGGAACCUCUGAUGCAUCAAAGACACUGUGAAGUGUCAAUAGCAGCAGCAGCUGUUAGCUUCUACUCAGCAGGACAGGUGAGCUAUCAGGAGCAGGUAAGAUGAUUAUUACUUCAGAAGGGCCAAAGCCACCCUUUCAGAUUAGUGGUGUAUUUUAGCUCUGAGCUGCAGAUGACUCAUUCAUUCAUGUGUUUUCAUACAAAGCCAUACACACGACUGAAGUGAGGAUUACUUUCAACCCUUUGCGUCAUAAAGGCUUACUGUUGAUGCCUUUAACCCUUUAAUAUCUGAUGUUUUUCUUAUUUCCAUAUCUGUUUGUUUACCUUUCAGUCUUGAUGCAACUCAUUAUCAUGUUGUUUCUCAGAAUAUUUUAACAAAUUACUGAAAUUAUUCUUUUUCAAUAAAAGUUUGGUUUUAAAGUGACAA